CGGGUUCCAGCAGGGGGCGCUGCUGGGCCGCCCGCCGCUCGCCUUGGCGGGGUGCACGCGCUCCUCCGGGGCUGGAGGCGGUGAGCUGCUCUUUAUUGUUCCAGCGGAAAGCUCCUUCUCCUGCGGCGGGCCACACUCGCGUCAAUGGCCGCCGCUCCGAAGCCUCGUCCCGCCUGAGCGCCAGCGGUUCCGCCACCGAAGCCGAGCUCCACCACGCCGUCGCGUGGGAUUUAAGCGUGGGAGUUAAAGUUCUCGCGGGCUGGAGAGAGACGGUCCGUGGAUCCAGCAGGAGGAGGAAGGGGACGACAGCAGCUCCACGCUGAGACAUGGACGCCGCCGACAGACCGUCCACGGCCGGACAGAGGCUGAGCGCCCCCGAAAGCUUCGGGGUGUCCACCCUGGAGCCGGGCCAACGCCCCCCAGCACAGACCCCGGGGAGGCAGGUGCCCAUCCGGGUCCAAAUGCUGGACGACAGUCAGGAGGUGUUCCAGAUAUCUCAACGCUCACCUGGAAAGGGCCUCUUUGACCUGGUCUGCGCUCACCUCAACCUGACCGAGGCCGACUACUUCGGGCUGGAGUACCAGGAUCAUCGGAAGAUGAUGGUGUGGCUGGACCUGCUGAAGCCCACGCUCAAGCAGAUCCGACGGCCUAAAAACACCAUCCUUCGCUUCGUGGUGAAGUUCUUCCCUCCUGACCACACGCAGCUCAUGGAGGAGUUGACCCGGUACCUGUUCGCCCUGCAGAUCAAACGCGACCUGGCCUGCGGUCGCCUCAUCUGCAACGACUCCAGCGCCGCCCUCAUGGUGUCCCACAUCAUUCAGUCUGAGAUCGGAGACUUCGAUGAGACUCAGAGCUGGCAGCACCUCCUUCACAACAAGUACCUUCCAGACCAGGACGCCAUCCGAGACAAGAUCAUGGAGUGUCACCGUAAGCACACCGGUCAGACCCCGGCGGAGUCGGACUACCAGCUGCUGGAGAUCGCGCGGCGGCUGGAGAUGUACGGCGUCCGCCUGCAUCCGGCGAAGGACCGCGAGGGCAGCCACCUCAGCCUGUCGGUGGCGCACACCGGCGUGCUGGUGUUCCAGAAUCACACAAAAAUCAACGCCUUCAACUGGGCCAAGAUCCGUAAGCUGAGUUUCAAGCGCAAGCGGUUCCUGAUCAAGCUGAGAGCCGACCCGGCCCAAAGCGCUCACCAUGACACGCUGGAGUUCGCCAUGGCCAGCAGGGACUGCUGCAAGGUGUUCUGGAAGAUCUGCGUGGAGUACCACGCCUUCUUCAGGCUGUUCGAGGAGCCCAAACCCAAACCCAAACCCAUCCUGUUCACCCGAGGCUCUUCCUUCAGGUUCAGCGGCCGCACCCAGAAGCAGCUGAUCGACUACGUGAAGGACUCUGAGUUUAAGAAGAUCCCCUUUGAGAGGAAGCACAGUAAGAUCCUGUCCAGCAGCAGCAUGUCGCCGCACUCGUCUUCCCUCCGCCUGCAAGUGCCUCAUGAGAAUGCCUCGUCAGGGCCGCUAACGGACCAGCCCGACUUGGGAAGGUUGCCGCAGGACGCCAGAUCCAACGGCCUGGAGGAUCUGCCCGAGGCGGCGCCGGCUUUCCAUGACAAAACCGCCAAACAGGACGCCAUCCGCCAGAACCACCACGGCGCAGAACCGAACCAGCACCUCCUCAACCCAGAAAACCCGGGUUCAGAGGAUUCUCCACAUGCUGUCGACCCCGUCAUCAUAAACGGCAUGCUGGGAACAGACGGCGCCGACAUUCCCAGUACGGCACAGAUUUCCGAGGUGCAGCAGUUCUCCCCGCUCACGAGCCCCCUGCUGGCUGAGGCUGGAUACAUCCGCAACGACGAUGAGGAGGAGGCCAGGAGGAAGAAGUUUCCCACAGAUAAGGCUUACUUCAUCGCCAAGGAGCUGCUGACGACGGAGCGGACGUACCUCAAAGACCUUCAGGUCGUCACACAGUCGUUCCAGAACGCCGUAAAGGCCGACGAAGCCGUUCCAGAUUCUGUGAAGGUUCUGAUCUCGGCCCACUACGACCCGUUCCAGCAGUUCCACCAGGGCUUCCUCAGAGAAACGGAGCAGCGGCUGGCACAGUGGGAGGGUCGCUCUAAUGCCCACAUCAAAGGGGACUACCAGAGGAUCGGCGACGUUCUCCUGAAGAACAUUCAGGGUCUGCGGCAGCUGAGCGUUCACCUGCAGAAGCAUCCGGAGUGCCUGGUGGAGCUGGAGCGGGCCUGCAGGUCCAGCAGGAAGGUGGAGGCUCUGUGCCGAGACUUCGAGCAGCAGAGGCUCUGCUACCUGCCGCUCUACGUCUUCCUGCUCCGGCCUCUGCACCGCCUGCUGCACUACAAGCUGCUGCUGGAGCGGCUCUGCAAGCACUACCCGCCCACCCACCAGGACUUCCGGGACUGCAGAGCGGCUUUAGCAGACAUCUCGGAGAUGGUGCUGCAGCUGCAGGGCGUCAUGAUGAAGAUGGAGAACUUCCAGAAGCUGCUGGAGCUGAGGAAGGACCUGACGGGUUUGGACAACAUCGUGGUUCCUGGACGGGAGUUCAUCCGGUUGGGGUGUCUCAGCAAACUCUCGGGGAAGGGUCUCCAGCAGAGGAUGUUCUUCCUGUUCAGCGACUGUUUGGUGUACACCAGUCGAGGGACGACUCCAUCCAACCAGUUCAAGGUCCACGGUCAGCUGCCGCUCUACGGCAUGACGAUCAGAGAAAGCGAGGAUGAGUGGGGGGUCCCACACUCCUUCACCCUGUUCGGGCAGCGGCAGUCGCUGGUGGUCGCCGCCAGCUGUGCAGCAGAGAUGGAGCGCUGGGUGGAGGACAUCCGGAUGGCCAUCGACCUCUCGGAGCAGAGCAGCGGCCCCCACGCCGACCUGCUCCCCCCCAGCCUUCCAGAGCACAAGCUGUCAGAAGAUGGAGCUGAGCUGGAGUCGGAGGAGGAGCUGGGCGGCCUGCGCACCUCCCUGGACCGUCAGUGUCCGCGGGGAAACACCACCGUGCACGUCUGCUGGCAUCGCAACACCAGCGUGUCCAUGGUGGACUUCAGCAUCGCUGUGGAGAACCAGCUGUCAGGAAACCUGCUGAGGAAGUUUAAAAACAGCAACGGCUGGCAGAAACUCUGGGUGGUCUUUACCAACUUCAGCCUCUUCUUCUACAAGUCUCACCAGGAUGAGUACCCUCUGGCCAGCCUCCCCCUGCUGGGAUACUCCGUCACCGUCCCUGCAGAAGCAGAGAACAUCCACAAAGACUACGUCUUCAAGCUCCACUUCAAAUCCCACGUGUACUACUUCCGGUCAGAGAGCGAGUACAACUUUGAGAGGUGGAUGGAGGUGAUCCGCAGCGCCACCUGCUCCUCCAGCCGGCCCGCGCUUAACUCCAGGAAGGACCUGUACUGAAGCUCCUCAGACGCUCCUCUGGAGAAGAUCUCCAGGCCGCACAAACAGGAGAUGCCUCAGUCCAAACACUCGUCCACGUUUCUGUGCCAAACUGGAAGAUGCCAACAGUGUUUGUGGGCGCAGGAGCACGGUUUUCCUCUUCGGCUCAAUGCCUUUUUGUACAUUUUUUUUUACACUGUGAACUAUAAUUAUUGUCGUAGUCAAACUGAUUUCAAAGCCAACAGAGAUUUCAACCGCCGGAUUCUAGUAUUUUACACAAAAAUGAGACCAAAUGUGUUUAUGUGAGAAAUAAAUUAAACAGUUCUGAUGUACAGUUGCGUUUUUAUGUGUCUGUCAUCCAAAUAAAAGAUCAUUUCAGACAAACGAAAGCCUCCAGGGGGCGCCUGAGUGCAGUUAAAACUUCUAAAUACCAAAGGCUUUUUUUUUUUUUUGGCUGCUGGAGUGAUAAAAUGAAGAGGGCAGAGUCAAUGACCAAACCUGAAAUCAGAAUUUUGAGACAUUUCAGAUUAAGUACAUUUCUGAUUAUUUUGAAAUGCUGAAGAAAAAAAAAAA